AAAAGUAAGGAAGUAAGAAGUAUGGUGGUCAAAUUAGAAAACUUGAAAGUUUAUGGCGGUUAAACGUAUGAUCUCGCAAAACUGAGUAUAACCCGACCCAUUUGAUGGGGAGAACUGACACGGCGAGGGUUUUACACAGGCGACCGGCGAGGGUUUAGAGCAAGAAGCAGAGGCUGCAGCAGAUAAAACGAGGAACGCCCAAAUCCAAUUGGAAGAUAAAUUGUUACAAAAUCGAUGUGGUAGCUACUCCUGGGCAUAAGCCCUAGAAUCAGCAGCCAUGGCGGAGAAUUUGGAAUUGGAAGAUGAAUCUACAACGAAUCCUUGUUGUAACGAGUGGAAGAACAGGAUUUUGAAAUUGCAGAAGAGGUUUGAGAGGACGGAAAAAGCUCGGGCGGCCCUUAAGGAGGCAGUUGAGAUUUAUGAGCGACAGUUCACUGCCAUGGAGGUUACAAAUCUGAAAUUCAAGAAGGCUUAUGAGGCGGAGAAGCUGCAGAGUGACCAAGAAAGGAAGGAUAAAGAAAAAGAAUCAGCUGCAAGAGUUUCAUUGGAGAAUGAAAUAUCCACCCUGAAGUCUGAGAUUUUAUCAUUGAGUCAAAAAGGAGGUUCAGUACCGGAACAUGUGGAUAAUGAACUUAUACUUCUCCGAGGACGCGUUUUGGACAGCGAAAAGGAGAUAAAUCGCCUCAGAGAGCAGCUCCAGAAGGAGAUAAGUGUAGCAGCUGCUGAUAGAAUGAAAUAUGUGGAAGAGAAGAAAAGAGUUGAUGACGCGUGGCAAAGUUCUAAGGCUGAAAAAUGCAGGACUGACGAAGAAUUAAGUAAUCUUAAAGCACGGCUGCUUACUAUGGAAACAGAAAAGAAACAGUUAAGGAAGGAUCUUCAAAAAGAGAGAGCUAGAGCAGAUUCAGAGAAAAAAAGAGCUGAUGAAGCUUUGAAAACUGCAAAGACUGAUCAGAUUGGAGCCGAAGAAAUUAAGGCUGCAAAAAAGAAUAUGGAGAUGAUGAGAGGAACGGUGAGAGAUCCAUUGGUGGAUGACUUGUCUUCUCAAAAGUCCGAGGAUCUCUUGUUACAGCACAAAGGGCACUUGGGAGAUCAGAAUUUGGAUGUAGUUACCUCCCUUCAAGGGCAUGUAUCUGAAAUGGGAACAGAAAUAAGUAGGCUCAAAGAGCUUCUUGAUAAGGAAAGAAGACGAGCGGACUCUGAGAUAAAAAAAGCUGAAGCAGAGAAGAAAAAAGCUAAUAAAGUGCAAGAGAUGUUGAAGGCAGAACAAAGUGCAGCUGAUGAGCAAAGAAGGUUAGUUGAUGUUGAAAGGAAAAAAGCUGAGGAAACUGCACAUCAGUUGGAAAGGUUAAAGUGUGAAGCAAACGAGGCAAGAUCGAAGGUGGCUCCGGAUAGUUCAAAGUUUAAAGAGGUAAACAAGAAGCUUGAGGCUGAAAGGAAAAAAUCGAUCAAAGAGAAAAAGAAAGCUGAAAAACAGCAAAAGAUCGCAGAAUUAAGUACAAAGAAUGCUUUGGAGGAGAAACACCGUGCUGAUCGUCUUCAUCAACAGUUAGAAGAGUAUCAGCAGAAGUAUGCUAAGUUGAAGAAAGAGAUGGAAGAAACUAUUUCCUCCAGAAAUGUAGUUGAAGUGCCUGUGUACGCACCUGGUAAAAGGACAUUUCCUAGAGAACUAAAUGCUGGGAGUCAGGGAGAGGAGAAAGUUAAUGGAACAAAUACUGCAAGGACAGUGAAAAAUCAUGGGCAAGUAAAACAGAAGACAAAUCAAGCAAGAAACUAUGCAGAUUUAGAGAUGGAAAAAGAAGCAGAGCAGAAAAAGGCUGCAGAAACGUAUAAACUGCAGGCUAUGACAGAAAAAUCUCGUGCUGAUAAGUUAGCACAGCAACUAAAAGAUACUAAACAAAGGACUAUAAAUGCAGGUAAAGAUAUCCAGGAUCUGGUUUCUUCCAGAAAUUUAACCGACCCUUCUUUUGUUCUGAUUCAGAAGGAUAUCAAAGCUAAAUCUGCUGAAAUGAAACUUUUAAAGAAAAGGCUGAAGCUUGAAAAGGAGAGAGUAAAACAUGCCAAUAGAGUUGCUGAGCUUGAAAAGAACUGUACAAAAGCAGCGGAAGAAGAGCUUCAUCGCCUAAAGGUGGAGUUUGCUCAAUUUGCAAAUCGUGUAGGCCUCUGUAGCUGUUUUCCCAUCUGCAAUGUAGGUAAAGCUUGCCUGGAAAAGAAUGGCAAUGUAGACUCAAAGAGGAAAUUUAUGCAGACAGAAGCAUGUCCUUUGCACCUUCAGAGUGGAAAAGAACUUAUGGAGCCUACUUGUGGAGUUACAAAAUUCUCUGAAUAUUUCAAACCAAGUUUAGAUUGUCCGGCGCCUUCACUUCCUAUAUCUGGAACUUGUACCGAGUCUACCUCAGGUACUGCCUCUAAAAUGGAGCCUCUGCUUGGAGGCUCUAACAGAAAAAAUGUAGACAGUUCUGCCCUUGUUUCAAGCAUGGCAUCUUUUUCUGAUAGACAGUUGGUGGGCUCACAGGGGAAUUGUGGUUUUUUCAACACUAAACCAGCUGAUAGGGCUAAAGAGAAUUCCAAUCUACAGUUGCCUAUUUCUCGGUUGUCUAGUGAGGCUAAUAGGACAAGCUAUGAUGCAGUGGUGGCCGAUAAUAAUGUCAAAAGUCCCCUUAGGGCGAGAAGCAAAGAUGGAAACACCAGGAAAAGAAAGAGGCUCGUCAAUGCAAUUGAGUCUAUUGAGCAUUUGUAUGCUGAGGGUAAAACAUGGCAUGCAAAGAUAGCAAAGAACAUGUCUGCAUUGCAUGGUAUAUUAGGUCACAUGGAUAAACCAUUGAAAGAAGGAAUGCAUUCUGAUUAUGAUCAACAUCACAGAAAGAUAGAGAAACAUUUUGAAGAAGUAACCGUGAGAACUUCUUGCAAGUCUAUUGAGCAAAAGGAGGAGCCAAGAAUAAAACCAGUUGGAGAUGAAGAUGUUGAGUUCAUUGCUUUUGAAAAUAAUGCAGUGGAAGCUACUCAUACAAGCAACAGUGAUCUUGAUAAAUUAGCCAAUGAUGUUGAAAUUUUUAAGAGAAUGUUCGAAGGUGACUACAUGAAGUUGCUCAAUUUGGAUAGUGCAGUUGAGGAGGAAAGAUAUCGUGCUGCAGUUGAAUGCCCUCUUUCACCUACUCUUCCAAACAUUGAGUUUGAAAGCAAUCAAUCAGAUGAUCUAGAUCAAUCUAUGCCAUCUGAAGUUAAUUGUUCAUCUGGGGGAUUGCCAAGGGUAGGUACUUGUAUGAUCCCGUGUUGCAGUUCUGGUGGCAGGACUAAAGAGGCAAGUUACAACAUGUCGACACUCAAAACCUAUGGCGAUCCCGUGGAGAUCUUCAGGAAUGAUGAAGAUGGAAAAAGGACCACCAUACUUGUACCAAGUGCUUGUAUUAGCCAGGACCAAGAUUCUGAUGCAGUAAUGGGGAUCUUAGAUUCAGGACAUAAGGGGACUAAGAGCUCAUGCGGAAAUGAAUCUGGAUCUGCUUAUGAUGAUUCUUCUCAAUAUUUUGUUGUAUUUCCAGAAAUCAGGGACAGCAGCAGCCUUUCCAAGAUAUUUCACACCACAAGAACUUUUACAAGUCAGUGCUGUGAAAUUUCUCAGAGUGAUUGCGUGGUCAAAAAUGUAGUUUCUGCUCUUUCUGCGGAUGAAAUUCUCUCGUCCAAGGAAAAGGUCUGUGCAUUCUUUUCGCUAUUCUUGAUGAGUUUCUCGGGAGUUGCUUUGACUAACUUCAACCGUGUCUUUGAUGGGAACUUUUUAAACAAUCUAGACAUCUUUUCUGGACAUAUGGGGAAAGUGAUGUCUGAUGUGGAGACAAGAACCUUCUUUGCAGAAGUAUGUGACUUGGAUGAACUUAUUACUCUCAUUCAAGAUUUUAUUAUCGAUGGAAAAGUACUGGUCCACACUGAUAAAAGUUCCGAGACACUAUCAUUAUCAGACUCUAAUGUACAUAUCCUUUUGAAAGACGAAAGUAUUUCUUUAUCCUUGCACAAAGCUUCGUUGCAUCAGUUGGUGCUUGGAGCAGUUUUAUUAGCAUCAGUUUGUGCAGAUUUUGACCGCAUUGAGUCUAUAUGUGAAGCCUCAUACACCAUUUCUCGCAUCGCCAGUUCCUCAACUUUGACAAUUUUACAUGUCUUUGCAUACAUAUGUGGAGAAAAAUUGCUACGCCAUGGUGAUUACAGUUUAAUAAUGACUGUAAUAAAUUCUUUAGUUAUAUACUGUGAGAGGGAAAAUUUGUCAUUAGGCUUCCCCUCAUGCACCAAGUGUCCAUUUUUUGACGGUGCUGUUUCCAUGGAAGAACUCGCAUCACUUCUCUUGAAGAGUCUUUGGAGCUAUGCCUUGUGUGCCCAAUGUGAGGGCUGCAGUACAGCCUGCUGUAUGCAUGAAUUUGGGAUCAUCACAUACAAAUCAACAACAGUUCCUGAUGGCACUUUGUCUAAAUUGGGUGAUGUUCUGUCUCUAUUGGAGCUGUUAGCAUCGAAGAUGAACUGGGGUUGGGUUUGCGACAACAUCAUCAGUCAGUUGUUGAAGUUGUUGGAAGCAUGUGUCAAAGAAACUCCUUUGUCUGCCAUUUUUGUUCUUCUAGGUCAAUUGGCAAGACUUGGUAUUGAUGCUAACGGUUUCCAAGACGUCGAGGUUGAGAAUAUUAGAGUCAAAUUGAGUUCAUUCAUAUCUGGGAGUACUUCAAGCAAAAUCGGUUUACCAGUCCAAUUUGCUGCUGUAAAUGCUUUACUGGAUACAAUGCCACUCAGUUUCCAAGAAGUUUGCAAUAUUAGCACGGAGCUGCAGACACUUGUAAGUCCCUCAACUCCGACAGAUUGUAUACAAAAGUGGUUUUCUUUGCUGAGUGAUGAACAGAAAUCGUCCAUUAGACUGUUAACAUCUGGUGUCGAUUAGCUGCAGAAAUGUACAGUCCACCGUUACUGCAACUACACUUGAGAGUCUUUUGUAGUUGAAACCAAUCAAUUUUGUAAUGCUAGCAGUAAAGAUCUAGCCGAGCAUUUUGAAACUUAAUCGAUUUAAUAGCAACCGUGAUUUUUAUUUGGGGUAUGUUUUGCUUCUUUUCGUAUGGUUGUUGGUUACUCAUAACAUUUUCAAUGUUUCACGUAUAUGUUCUAUGUCCAUUUCCCACACUUCUCGUUAGAGGUCAGGUCUACGUACAUUUUACCCCCGACCCCACCUCCGGGUGGGACAUACAGGCCCUUUU